AUGGCCUUUUUGUACAGUGUUCUCCUCGCAAGCUUCUUCUUCCUCCUCAUGGGUCAAUACCAGAGAAGAAAGAAAAAUAGGAAUACAGCAACCGAUCCACCUCCAAGUAGCGCAAGCAGAAGUGUGGUAGAAACCAUGCGCGCAAAUGACAAGAACUGUGUCGUUUUCUAUGGCUCUCAAACUGGAACAGCGGAAAUCUUCGCGUCAAGAUUGGCAAAGGAAGGAUCUCAACGAUUCGGCCUAAGAACAAUGUUGGCUGACUUGGGUGAAUAUGACUACGACGACCUAAGGGCACUACCACCCGACACACUUGCCUUCUUCAUUUUGGCCACAUAUGGCGAAGGAGAGCCAACCGACAACGCGGUGAACUUCUACGACACGCUGCAAGAGCUGGCCGACGAGGAUAACCCCCUAUCUUCCAUGAGAUACGUCGUCUUCGGCCUUGGAAAUGAUAAUUAUGCGAAUUAUAAUGCCGUAGCUCGCAAGGUCGAUGCGAGGCUCGCUAGCUUAGGUGCAACCCGUGCCAGCAAGGUGGGCGAAGGGAACGAUGCAACGGGGAUGAUGGAAGAUCACUUCAUGGCCUGGAAAGAGGAGGCGUGGAUGGAGAUUCGUGAGCAUUACGAACUGGAAGAAUCCGCAGCAAUGUAUCACCCACAUUUAGCCAUUACUGAAUCACCUUCUGCUAUCAAUGACUCAAUAUACUUGGGCGAGCUCAACAAAAGUCAACUUGAAGGCCGGCAAGACGGUCCAUUCUCAUCCCAAAACCCGUUUCUCGCAACUAUUGUGGAGUCUCGAGAGUUAUUCCAGCAAAAGGAUCGAAAUUGUCUUCAUGUGGAAAUAGAUAUUGCAUCCAGUGGCAUGCGCUACGAAACAGGAGAUCACGUCGCCAUAUGGCCUGUCAAUCCUGGCAAGGAAGUGGAUUGCAUACUGCAAGUUUUCGGGUUGAAAGAGAAGAGAAACACCGUGAUUGAUAUUCAGAGCCUCGACCCGACUGUGAAAAAUCCAAUUCCAACACCAACGACGUACGACGCCGCAUUUCGCUACUACCUCGAUAUUUGCGCCCCGGUGUCUCGCCAGCUUCUGACAUCAUUAGCCCACUUCGCCCCUGACGAAGACACCAAAUCAGAACUACAUCGCCUUGGUAAAGACAAAGAUGCCUUCCAUCAAGAAAUCAUAUCGAAAUAUUACUCGACAGGCUAUUUUUUGCAGAGUAUCACAAAUAAAUGUUUCUACAAUGUACCCUUUUCGCUCCUGUUGGAAAAUAUCGCCAGGCUACAACCUCGUUUCUACUCAAUAUCGUCUUCGGCUCAAACUCAACCACGGCAGUUAAGUAUCACGACCAUCGUCGACUCAGUCCAAGUUUUGGGCAGCCAAAGAACGUUCAAAGGCCUAACAACAAACUAUCUGUAUGCCCUCAAGUGUGCACAAAACAAGGAACUAGCCCAUGAUGAUCUGAACUAUGAUAUUGGCGGGCCGCGCACUAAAUACUGCGACUUCAAAAUCCCAAUAUAUGUGCGUCACUCCAAUUUCAGAUUACCAUCAGAUACAUCUCGUCCCAUUAUAAUGGUCGGGCCCGGGACAGGGAUUGCACCUUUCCGUGCCUUUAUUCAAGAGCGUGUCAAUAUCUCCCUUCGAAAUGCUCAUGUUGGGGAAAGUUUGCUUUUCUUUGGAUGUCGCAAUCGACGAGACGAUUUUCUAUACGAGGAAGAAUUGACCAAAUGGGAAUCCGAUCCCCGCAAUCGACUCCGAGUUAUUGUGGCCUUUUCGCGUGAAACUGAGAAGAAGGUCUACGUUCAGCACAAGCUACAUGAGAGUGCUGUUCUGGUCAAUCAGCUCGUUGACCAAGGGGCUUAUAUUUAUAUUUGUGGGGAUGGUGCAAGAAUGGCUCGCGAAGUGAAGGCAGAGCUUGGCCACAUCAUUGCUGAGCAGAGAGGCAUGGCGCGGGAAGAAGGGGAUGGGGUAAUCAAGAGUAUGAAAGAUCAAGGACGCUAUCAGGAAGAUGUUUGGUAA